UUAUAUGUUUGAUAUGUACGAGAACCGGACACCAUUCCCAUCCCCGAUAGCAUUCUUUAAUAUUGUUAAAUUUGUACAUCGCUUUUGAAAUCAUCGAGCCAAACUCUUUAUUUGCGGAAGCUCCGCGAAGGGAUCUCGAACAAAUCCUCGUCAGAAAAAUCGCAGUUAUAAGUGAUUACUAGAGAUCAGCAAUAACUUAGAUUGCUGCUGAACGCGUUUCGGUGUGCACUUUUUUCUAUCUAUUUGUCAAUCAUCAAUGCGAGGAGCGGUGUUUUCUGAUGAUUCUAAGAUUCUUAUGUUUCCAAAGCUUUUUUUUUUUGGAUUAAAUGAUCGCCAACGAAAAACAUGCGAGGAGCGGUGUAAUGACUCGUUGGAAUGGUGCUUCUGAUUUGGCUUGUCGAAUUCUUGUUUUAUGCUUACCUGACAUUUAGUGCAUAUUGAGGUAAGCUCUGUUGGGUUAUCGAGGUUUGCUAUAGGAGGGAUGAGCGAGAAGGAGAAAGCUUCCCCAGCUAGUGUAAGAAAAUUGAAGGAGUUAUUGCAUAUAAGGGAUAAUCGCUUUUGUGCAGAUUGUGGUGCUCCAGAUCCCAAAUGGGCGUCAGCGAAUAUUGGGGUGUUUAUAUGCUUAAAAUGUUGUGGAGUGCAUAGAAGUCUUGGCACACAUAUUUCAAAGGUUCUGUCCGUGUCAUUAGAUGAAUGGACUGAGGAUGAAAUUGAAUCUAUGCUAGAGGUGGGUGGAAACUCUUAUGCCAAUGCAAUUUAUGAGGCUUUUCUUCCACAAGGAUAUUCCAAGCCUAACCCAGACGCAAGUCAUGAGGAGCGUACAAAGUUCAUCAGGUCGAAGUACGAGCUGCAAGAGUUUUUGAAACCAAGUCUACGCAUUGUUUCUUCAAAGAGCUCUUCCAGCUCUUUCAGAUCUUGUAAUUCUGGAAAGGAUACAGAAAGUGGGUUUGAUUUAGAUCUGAGUCAAGCUGGCAUGGAAGAGUUCAUUGGAAUACUGAAGGUCAAAGUUAUAAAAGGCACUAACUUAGCUAUUAGGGAUAUGCUAAGUAGUGAUCCUUACGUUGUCUUGACUCUGGGCAAACAGACGGGCCAGACAACCGUAAUUAAUAGCAAUUUGAAUCCGGUUUGGAAUGAGGAGCUGAAGCUAGCGGUUCCUAAAAAAUAUGGGCCCUUGAAAUUGCAAGUGUUUGAUCAUGACAUGCUUUCCAAGGAUGACUUAAUGGGUGAUGCUGAGGUUGAUCUUCAACCAAUGAUCACAGCUGCUAUGGCAUUUGGAGAUCCAGAUCUUCUUGCUGACAUGCAGAUAGGGAAGUGGUUGCAAUCGAAUGACAAUGCCCUUGCUAAAGAUAGCACCAUCAACAUCGUUGAUGGGAAGGUUAAACAAGAGGUGUCACUGAAGCUACAAAAUGUCGAGUCCGGAGAGAUAGAGCUUGAACUGGAAUGGAUUCCUUUAAGUCAGUAGACAAGUCAUCUCUAUCGUGAUCGAUUGAAGCCCUGACUCUAUUUUCUGGUGUUUCGUCACCUUCUCUAUGCAACUCUAUGAAGUGGUAUAUUUCGCUACACUAAUUAAAUGUCCCUUUUCGUUUUGAGAACAUUUUUUUUUUGUUGGUAGAUUUUCUGUUGAUCAUGCCUUGCAUAUGUAAGGUGCACAGCAGCUUUCUUGAAUAAAUGUUUGAUAUACUUUUAGUUGAAUUCUAUCAUAACAUUUGAAAUCACCAUUAGGGUAGGAUUGGGCAGGUGCCUCCUUGUACAUGCACAAUAAACUUAUGCUGCCCCAUGCAUUACCAAUCGAAAGGAAGAGAUCAUGAUCAAAUUGUUUAUCGCAUUGAUUUUUCAUGAGAUUUAAAAGAGAAUCAGAUGAUAAGAAUUGAGGCUAGUAAGCAGUUCUUAGGCCUGUAUGAUAUAUGGGUUUGGUUUAUAAGCUUUUGAUUGUAACAUUCAUUUUGACCUUGUAUGUUUAUUUGCUUUCAGAAGAGAUCUUGUAUGUUUAUUUUUGAAUUAUUCAUAUCUUGGUUGGGAUAAU